AUGGACACGCCACCAAGCCGCUCAACCCGCCGUAGGCUACAUGCCGACACAGCCAGCUUGUCUCCUGCUCACAUUUCUGAGGACGGAGAUGGAGCUGGUACGCCGGGUCCAACGCGGGCACGCAUCGCCAAUCUUGAGAAGCAAGUACAGGAGCUCAGGAAAGUCGAAGCGAAUGCUCGCGAGAAGGAGCGCCUCGCCGAUGAUUGGACGGACGAGCGCGCACUUCUACGACACCAACUCGAGCUGGAGGGUGCACGGACAGCCAAGCUCCGAUCGCAGGCCGAGUCUGUCCAGCUGCGCGCCGAACUCAACCGCGACGAGGUAUACCUCCUAGCGGCUGUGGCGGCACAGAAGGCUGCGCUGGCGUCGGCGGAUGACGAGUGGGCAGCCCUUGAAGCUGAGAUGGCAGCCCAGAAGACCAACGUUCAACGGAUUGCGAGCGACCAUGCGCUUGCGCUCACCGAGAGCCGGGCUGCCGACCUCGAAGAUGUAACAGCGAGGAAGGACGCGCGCAUUGUGGCGCUUGAGGCCCAGCUCGAGGCAGCGAACACGAGCCUCGCACAUCAGCGCGCAGCGGAGAGUCGGGCGCGUGUCUCGAGCGAACGCGAGGGCGAGGCUGUCGUGGCACUCGAGGAGCAGUUGGCGGAAAAGGCCGAUGCCACCGCGGCUCUCGAUGGACAGCUGAAGGAGUUGAGGGGCAAGCUCACCAAGCUCGAGGACGCCCACCGUGCACUGGUAGAGAAGGAAGCCGACGCACGCGCAGAGAUCAAACGCCUCCAGGAUGCCUCGUCAAAGAACACAGACAGCGGAGAGCAAGUCACUGAGCUCCGCGUCCAGCUCCGAGCCGCCAAGGCCGAGGCGUCCAAGCACGAGAAGGCAGCUGAGGCUGCUCGCGAGGAGGCCGAGGACACCAAGGCCGAGUACAAGGAUGUCCUGAAGACGUUAAAGGACAAGUACCGCUCCGCCAAGGCGGAGACGGCUCGUCUCGCUGGCGUCGAGGAGGAGCUGGAGGCGCUCAAGGCUGCACCGCCGAAGAAGGCACCGAGGAAGAAGGCUACUCCCGUGGAGACGCCUGAGAAGCCCAAGAAGAAGGCCAAGGCUGUCACAGCCUCGCCGGAUCCGUCGGACAAGCCCGCCAAGACGAGGAAGACGAGUCCGAUAGCUGAUGAAUCUGAGGACGAGGCUCCGAAGAAGAAGGCACGCAAGUCGAAACCCAAGCCGUUACAGGAGACGGAGGACAAUGGUCAGUCGUCGCCGCCGGUCAAGAAACCCAAAGCGAAAGGCAAGGUCGCAGCAACGCCAGCCGACAGCGAUGCGGAGACCCCAGCACCCGCUCCGCAGAAGAAGAAGAAACGCAUUCUCGGUGGCGCGGCGCCAGCCUUCACAUGGGACCCGAUCUUGAACAGCGGGGACGGCGUGAUCCCCUCAUUCCUCUCGCCCGUGUCGGGCAAGGGAGCGACAGGGACGAUCCCGCGUGCGGGCUUUGGCGCGCUCAGCGCGCGCACAACAAGAUUCUAG